AUGCUGCGAGACAAGAUGGCACGGCCAGCUGCUGCUCAAGAGAUGAUGCUUCUGGAUGCUAGUAUCUCCGAGCUUCAAAAUGCGCUAUCCUCAGGAUGGAUUACCAGCGUUGACUUGGUAUCGCGCUAUUUAAGACGUAUCAGUAUGUUUGACGCGAAUGGACUCAAGCUCAGUGCCAUUCCAAUCCUCAACCCGUCCGUCUUCGAUGAAGCAGCGGCAUCAGAUGCCAGGUGCGCCGCAGGACUGCCACCACGGCCUCUGGAGGGUGUUCCCUACCUUGUCAAAGACAACAUCAAAGUCAAGGGCAUGGUAGUCGGAAACGGAUCGCCUGCUUUUGAGAAGCUGAUUGCGAAUGAAGACGCGGCAUGUGUACAGAUUCUCCGAAAUGCAGGCGCAGUUCUUCUCGGCCGGACCAACAUGCCGGCCAUGGCAUACGGUGGCAUGCAGCGCGGAGUCUGGGGGCGGGCGGAGAGCCCGUACAACAAAGACUACCUCGCAGCGGCCUAUGCUUCCGGUUCAUCAAAUGGAUCUGCUGUCGCCACCGCGGCGAACUUUUGUGCAUUCUCCCUUGGGACGGAGACUGUCUCGUCUGGUCGUUCGCCGGCAUCGAACAACGCCAUUGUCGCAUACACGCCCUCCAAGGGUUUGCUACCACUUCGGGGGGUCUUUCCUCUCUAUCCAACUUGUGAUGUCCUAGUCCCUCAUACGAGGACAGUCUCAGAUCUCUUCCAUGUACUUGAUGUCCUUGCGGUCUCUGAUAAGACACCUUUCGGGGAUUUUUAUAAUGAGCAGUCUAUCAUCGAAAUUCCGUCCGUUAAUUCUCUUCGACCGGAAUCAUUUUUGAGCCUGCAGGAUCCAUCAGCACUGCAAGGGAAGCGUAUCGGUGUACCAUCAAUGUAUAUUGGAGGCAAUGACUCCUCCGUUCUUUCACCUAGCAAACUCAGGACCCGCCAAUCCAUAAUCAAACUAUGGCAAGAAGCCCGCCUAGCCCUGGAGGCCUGUGGUGCCGAGGUCAUCGAGACCGAUUUCCCUCUCGUCACUACUUACGAGGCCAAUGCAGGAAUGGGGCAACUCGUGACCAUUGCCAGCCUCCCAGAAGGCUGGGCAGGAAAAGAGCGCUGCGAAGUUGUGGCCCAUGCGUGGGAUGAUUUUCUCGUUGCCAAUGGUCAGAAGGGCUGCGCAUCCAUCGCAGAAGUUGACCCAAGAACGAUUUUUCCACUCGCGCCAGGCUCGCUGUCGGGCGCCCCGGACUCAGCCAAUGCACUGCGCUGGGAUGAAAUCGUCGCAUACCCACGCACCAAGCCCGCCUCGAUUUCUGAUAUACCAGGCAUGAAACAGGCUGUCCAAGCGCUUGAAGAUGCUCGGAAAGAGACAUUCGAGAAGUGGAUGGACCAACAGGGCCUGGAUGCCGUGGUUUUCCCUGCCAAUGGCGACGUGGGUGCUGCGAAUGCAGAUGUGGAAGAGGAAGCAUCACUCUUUGCUUGGAGCAAUGGCGUCAAGUAUUCCAAUGGUAACCGGCCCAUCCGUCACCUUGGUGUGCCGACUAUUUCCGUUCCUAUGGGUGUCAUGGAAGAUACCAAGAUGCCUGUGAACCUCACAUUUGCAGGGAAGGCAUAUGAAGAUGACCGUCUUCUACGGUAUGGUUAUGCUUUCGAGAGAGCCACUAAAAACCGAAUCCAGCCACCAGACACGCCAGCUCUGGAUUCAGAUUCCAUCUCAAUUCCUAGUGUCUCUCGCUCAGGCACAUUCCAACUCCCUCCGGAUCUUCUUGUGAACAAUCAGAAGAAAGAGAUCAAUGACUCAAAUGUGAUGAUUCAAAUUCAAGGCUCCGUGAGCGACAGUGAACAGGUAAAGGGUCUCUUUGGCUACUUAAAUGGUCAACGAUGCUCUAUUAAUUUAGAGGGCGAGAGGUGGUCUCUCACAGCUUCCUACCAAGUCUCUGAGAGAGACGCCAGUUGGAAAAUGUGGACGAGUCCAGCACUCACGCAAACUAUCGUGGUCAUUGUAGCAGAGACUCAUUCAGGAUUCGCGUCCGGGAAACUUAUUCUCUUGUAG